AUGGCGCUCAACACAGCUAGUCAAGGGGACUUCAUGACUAAUACUAUUUCUCAAGCCAACAUUCUCAUUGAUAACUUGGCAGCAAGCAGCAAAAGUUCAAGCCAAGACUAUGUGCAAGUCGUGGAGGAGAUCAAACCAAAAUCUGAUUUUUCAGAAAUCUUUGAGCUAAAGUCAUUAGUUGUUCAACUUCUCAAGAGCCAACAAGGCAAUGGUGACAUAUGUGAGAACGUGGUGGCUUCUAGCAUAAAGGAUCAUAAAGAUCUCAUUGGUGAAAGUUCUUCUAAGCAUCAAGAAGGAGUGAAUUAUGUUGGUGAGUUUGGAAACAUCAAUGAAAACCGAAAUCACAACGGUUUUAACCAUGGAAACCCUAAGCCAAGCAUUGGAGAUCCUCUUCUAGAUCAAGAUCACGUGGCCAUGACACCUAUAGGGAGAAACCUUGAAGCUAUGAUGCAUCUGUUCAUGGAGAAUCAACAACAAGUCCUUGAAGGAAUGAAGCAAUGCGCCAAAGAUAAUAAAGAUCUUGGUUUCAAGUUGGAUAGCAUAAGGAUCCAAGAGACAAGCCAAUGUUCUCCGGGAAAAGUGGAGGAGAACCCUAAGUUUUGCAAGGUGAUAACAACCAAGAAGAAUGAUGCCAUUUCACCAGCCCCUAGAGUUCAAUCAACCUCCAAGAAUCAUGUGACAAGGCGUGAAGAUGAUGAGCCUAUUUCAAAAGCACCACAUCAAAGGAGGCUUAAGAAGAGAGAAGAUCCAGUGAAUUUUAUCUUCCCUUGCACAAUCAAUGGUAUUGACUUUAUUGAAUCUUUGUGUGAUACGGGAUCUACAGUGAAUCUCAUGUCUAAGAUCAUAGCAAGGAAGCUUGGGAUUGUAGAGAUGGAGCCUCCUGGAAAGAUGCUCAAGUUUGCAGAUGCUUCUAGCACAACUCCAUGUGGCUUUGUGCGUGAUCUAGAGAUGCAAGUAGGUGGAUGUCUAGUCCCCACCGAUUUCCACAUCAUAGAAGAUGCAAGAUGA